AUGGCAAAAGAAGAUCUUCUGCUUCUUGAUUUUCCCCUGAGCCCAUUUUGCCAAAGAGUUAAAAUUGCAUUGGAAGAGAAAGGCAUAGCCUAUAAGCAUCAGGAAGAAAACCUGUUUGGAGGGAAAAGUGAAUUGCUUCUGAAAUCAAAUCCCAUCCACCAAAAAGUUCCUGUUUUAUUGCAUGAUGGCAAACCUAUUUGCGAGUCCACCAUCAUUGUGCAGUUCAUUGAUGAAACCUUUCCUUCUCCUCCUCUUUUGCCUUCAUCUUCCUAUGAACGAUCCCGGGCUCGAUUCUGGGCCGACUUCAUCGACAAGAAAUUGUUUGAGAGUGGCGGAAGCAUUUGGAAGGCCGGAGGCGCUGAUGAACUGGAAGCAGCAAAGAACGAAUUCUUUGAAGUUUUGAAAUGCGUAGAGGGCGCUUUGUCGGACAAGGGUUAUUUCGGGGGUGAUAGCUUCGGGUUUCUUGAUAUCAUAGCCAUCGCAAUGACCAAUUGGUUCCCAGCUUAUGAGAAAUUCGGUAACUUUAAGGUUGAAGAUAAAUUUCCUAAGCUGUCCGCAUGGAUCAAAAGAUGUUCGGAAAGAAUAAGUGUUGCCAAAUCUCUUGCUGAUCCUCAACACGUUAUCGGGUUCGUCACCCAAAUGAGGAAGAUGCAUGGGUUGGAGUAG